GAACUAAGCAGCUUAAACACAUUUUAUUGAAAGAUGUGGACACCAUAUUUGAAUGUAAAUUGUGCCGCAGUCUCUUCAGAGGACUCCCAAAUUUAAUAACUCAUAAGAAGUUCUAUUGUCCUCCAAGUCUCCGGAUGGAUGACAACUCUCCUGACAUAAAUGAUAAACAAAGUCAAGCCAUAAGUGAUCUCUUGGAAGCCAUGUAUCCAAAAGUGGACAAGCAGGACUAUGUAAUCCGACUGGAGCCUAUAGAAGCAAACAAAAAUGCUGUGUUUCAACAUGUUUCAAAGGCUAACAAUGCCACUGAGAACACUGAAAUGAAUGUCACUCCUGUUCAGGCCCCUGCAGAAAUGCCAGAGCCCAGCAUAGAACCACCUAAAGCCGUUCCAGCUCCUUCAGAAGUAGAAACUGUAGAGAUUCCUCCUCCUCCUGCUGCUAGUAAGGUAAUAUCUACUCCAGAAGAACCAUCCCCAUCCUCGAAACCCGAGUCGGAAUCUGAGAAUUCCAGUUCUGGACAUCAGUUAAUUUGUUGUCUCUGUAAAAAAGAAUUUCAUUCCAGACGCAGUGUACGUCGUCACAUUAGAAAAGUGCACCAAAAAAAGAUGGAAGAACUAAAGAAAUUUAUUGAAAUUAAAAAAAAGCCAAAUCAAACUACUGGAAGAGGACGCAAUAAGAAUGUCCUUGUAACAUUGGGCAGAAGUUGUCCUGUAUGUUUUAAAUCCUUUGCUACAAAAGCCAAUGUAAGACGGCAUUUCGAUGAAGUCCACAGAGGACUGAGGAGGGAUUCUAUUACUCCUGCUAUAGCUACAAAACCUGGCCAACCUUUGUACUUGGAUACAAGUUCUAAAAAAUCACUGAAGUCUCCAAAACAGAAGUCUUCUUCAAAGGCAGAAUACAAUUUAACUACUUGCAAAUGUCUCUUGUGCAAGAGAAAAUACAGCUCCCAAGUAAUGCUGAAAAGGCAUAUGCAAAUUGUUCACAAGAUAACUCUUUCUACAAAAAGUACUAAAAGAGAAAAAAAGUCCAGUAGUGCUGUUAACACAGAGGUGAAAGUUAAAACUGAACCAACAGAUUUUUCAGAAUCUGUGCCUCCUGUUUUCACUUCUGCUCAAAAUGAUGUGAAGGGAGCAAAUAAUUCAAAUGAGCGAAAGAACGCUUCAUCUGAGCGAAAGAACGCUUCAUCUGAGCGAAAGAACGCUUCAUCUGCUGAAAGAAAGAAUGCCUCAUCUGCUGAGAGAAAGAAUGCAGGACCUGCUGAAAGAAAGAAUACACCAUCAACUGAAAGAAAAAAUGCAUCAUCUGCUGAGCAAAAGAAUGCAUCAUCAACUGAAAGAAAAAAUGCGUCAUCCACUCAGAAAAAUAAAGUUAAGCAGGGCUCAGAAAACUCAAAGUCAGCUAAUCAAUCUAUUGUGGGUGGUCCAAAAAAACCCAGGAAACCAAGACUUUCAGCAGGUUUUGAUUUCAAGAAGCUUUACUGUAAACUCUGUAAACGUCAGUUUACUUCUAGACAGAAUCUAACAAAGCACAUUGAGUUGCACACAGAUGGGAAUAACAUAUAUGUCAAAUUCUACAGGUGUCCCCUCUGCACUUACGAAACACGCCGAAAGCGUGAUGUGAUAAGACACAUAACUGUAGUACAUAAAAAGUCUUCACGUUACCUUGGUAAAAUAACUGCAAGCUUAGAAAUCAGAGCAAUAAAAAAGCCCAUUGACUGUGUUUUAAACAAGGUGACGAAAAGAGGCCCUCAGAGGGAUGAAGGAAAACAAAAUGGUUCAAAACAGGAUGUCACCUCUAAUUCACCAAGUAAGAAAUAUGAAGGAGCCGAUGUCGGCAUUGAAGUGAAAGUCACAAAAAACUUUUCUCUGCACAGAUGCAAUAAGUGUGGAAAAGCAUUUGCCAAAAAGACUUUCCUAGAACAUCACAAGAAGACUCAUAAGGCAAAUGCAUCACACUCACCUGAAGAAAACAACAAAACCAAAGGGAGAAGUACGAGAUCUAAAGCUCUUGUUUGAUGAGGAACAGCUAGUGCCUUCUUACAUGUUUGUCUAAAUUUUCCAGUGAUACUCCUAGCUCAGAUGUACUUUUCUGCUAAAUUGAUGCUGUAGGAGAUACAAAACCCCCCAGCAUUUAAUCUUUUCAGCCAAUUUUUUUUCUAUCGCAUGAAACAAAGAGUUCACUUCUGAACUUCAUUCAAGACACUGCUGCCCGGUACACUUUUAUUUGUGCAGGGUUAGUCCUUCAGUUCAAUUAAUAUUCAGUAUCAAGUUGUAUUGGUAUAAUACUUAGCAGUAGGUAUCGUAGUUCCAAAGGUUUUUGAAAAUUAACUUUGCACUUCUUUGGUACUACCCGGGCUGGAGGAAAGUCUCUUUGUGGGCUGGAUAUGACCUGCAGGCACUGUAUUACCCAGUUUAGUAGGUUGGCAAACAUUUUUAGUGUAGAAUUUUCACAGAAAACUAAAAUGCUCUUGACAAUUAUAAAAUGAUGGCAUAUAAAAUCAAACUUACUUUUGAGGUGCGGUGGCAAUUCAUUGUGACACCUUCUUGCAUUAAUAAAGCCUUUGCUUGGCUGAUACAAGAUACUUGUAAAUCCCUGCUUUAUCUGAGCAAGUUCUGUUGCUAUUUGGCUCUUAUGUUUGAAUUUUUAAACCAUGGUGUUCGUUCCACAGACACUGUUUAAGAAAAAAAAAGUGUUUCAGAUACUCCACAACUCCAUUUUAUGCAAUGGAAAUAAAUAAAUUGGAAAUGUGGAAAAUCAGUCUAACAGCACAUUUUUGAUCCAGAAUAUUUUGGGACAACUGGCAGUUAAGGAAAGAAUAGUUUUUUUAAAAAAAAAUUACUACUUUAUAUAAAAGAUUGUUAAUCAUUUAACAUGUGGUUUUUAAGAGCAUAUGUCUGUUGAUACUCCUCAUUUCAGUUUCCAAGUUGUCCUCAUCUGAAGGUAGCUUCCCACAAUUAACCACUUCUGGAUUGUGGUUUUAAUGUGAAAGUAUUAUAUAGAGAGAAAGAGAGAGAGAGGUACCAGCUCUCAGCUGUUUGGAAACCACCCUCAGGUUGUAUAUGUGUGCUGUUUUUAAAGGCAACAUCAUAAUGAGAUGGGUCAUUACCAAAACCACAAUUAACAAAAUUUCUUGUGGCAUUGCAUUGUAAGCUUUAAGUG